AUGUCUGGACAAUAUGAUAACAAGAGCCUGAAGGAGAAAGUGCUGUCCAUCCUGCCAUCGCAUGGCUCCUCCAAGGCCAAAGACUUUGAUAACGACUCUGCGAUCAGUGCUUUGGCAGUUGCUGCCGCGGGAAAGGAUAUGCCCGGUAAAUGGAUGGGCGGACUGGAUACAUUGUGUUUUCGAGUUGGAUGGGAUCGAUGA